CGUCUAAUCACGCGCGCGACAUUCAUCCCCACGCAUCGCCCGCCGAGUGAACACGCCCGGGCUACUUUCUAUCAGGCGCCGUCCGAGGCCGCCCUCGCCGAAGGACCUCCGCUGUCCCCGCCCCUCGUAGUCGGAUGUGGCGCGAGUCGAGGCCGGGCCCACAGAUUCUACAGACAUGUCCGUGAGGGAGUCCUUCAAUCCCGAAAGCUACGAGCUGGACAAGAACUUCCGGCUCACGCGCUUCGCAGAGCUCAAAGGCACAGGCUGCAAGGUGCCCCAGGAGGUUUUACAGAAGCUUUUAGAGAAUCUACAAGAGAACCACUACCAAGAAGAUGAAGAGUUCCUGGGAGCGGUCAUGCCUCGAUUAGGCAUCGGCAUGGACACCUGCGUCAUCCCGCUCCGACAUGGAGGCCUUUCCCUUGUCCAGACAACAGACUACAUCUACCCUAUAGUGGACGACCCCUACAUGAUGGGUCGUGUCACGUGUGCCAACGUCCUCAGUGACUUGUACGCCAUGGGGGUGACGGAGUGCGACAACAUGCUGAUGCUGCUGGGCGUGAGCAACAAAAUGUCGGAGAAGGAGCGAGACAAAGUCAUGCCGCUGGUCAUCCAGGGCUUCAAAGACGCCGCAGAAGAGGCGGGCACAUCCGUGACAGGAGGACAGACUGUGCUCAAUCCCUGGGUGGUGUUAGGGGGAGUGGCCACCACCGUGUGCCAGCCCAAUGAGUUCAUCAUGCCAGACAACGCCGUGCCAGGAGACGUCCUGGUGCUGACCAAACCCUUGGGCACACAAGUUGCCGUCGCAGUGCACCAGUGGCUGGACAUGGCUGACAAGUGGAAUAAGAUCAAGCUGGUGGUGACGCAGGAAGACGUGGAGCUGGCGUACCACGAAGCAAUGAUGAACAUGUCACGCCUCAACAGGACAGCGGCCAGCCUCAUGCACACCUUCAACGCCCACGCCGCCACCGACAUCACGGGCUUCGGCAUCCUGGGCCACGCCCAGACGCUGGCCAAGCAGCAGAGGAGCGAGGUGUCCUUCGUCAUCCACAACCUGCCCGUGCUGGCCAAGAUGGCCGCCGUGUCCAAGGCCUGCGGCAACAUGUUCGGCCUCAUGCACGGCACCUGCCCGGAAACAUCAGGCGGCCUGCUCAUCUGUCUCCCCCGCGAACAAGCCGCCCGUUUCUGCGCCGAGAUCAAAUCCCCCAAAUACGGCGAGGGCCACCAGGCGUGGAUCAUCGGCAUCGUGGAGAAAGGCAACCGCACGGCGCGCAUCAUCGACAAGCCGCGGAUCAUCGAGGUGGCGCCGCAGGUGGUCAACCAGAACAUCAACCCCACGCCCAGUGCUACCUCCUAAUCCUUUGUCAACACACACACACACACGGUAAGAAACAGCUCCACCUGGUGGUCCACCACGCCAUCACAACGAC